GAUCAAUAUUCACGCCAAGUGUUUUAAAAAUGCAGCUCCUCUUCGCGAAUGUCUUCAGGUACAGGACUUGUUGCUGUGCUGCUGAUUGUGCUGGAGUGGACUCGCUCAGGAAUGCCUUCAGUUCUGAAGCCUGUCUGCGACCCACGUGUCCUGGACCGCUUCAUCAGGGAGGCUCAAGAUACAGAAGUUGCCAUGCAGGCCUGCAGAAGAGAGUGUGCUCUGUCUCUGUCACUCACUGUUCCUCUGACAAGUGUUGACUUUGUUGCCUGGGAUAAGAAAAAUGUCCAGGAGCAAGCUCAGGAGGUCCAGUCAGGUCUGUGGUUGCUGGGCAAGGCCAUUGAUGUGGUCCGGGCUUCGGUCUCAAACACAGCACUGCAAAGUAUGCUGGAUAACAGCUACAGUAACAUACACAGCAUCAGACAAGUGAUUCGCACCCUUAACAUACAGGACUGGUCCCCUUCCCCUACUGAGUCAGCCAGUUUGGACACCCGGCAGGUAUCAUCCACACCCGAACUCUUCCGUGUCCAAACCAACUUCCUGAGGGGCAAAGUUCGCCUACUUCUGUCCCACGCACCAGCGUGCCACAGGAGCAGCAGCUGACCGGACCUGCAAGGUGUAGGAAGGGUUCUGAUUACAGCAAACAAUCCAGGGGAGAGGACACGGUGUACUGAACCUCACCAUUAUUACCUCGUAUAACAAAACGGAUCAAAGCCAUAACUCGAAGGGGCGGGGGGACACGUCCCCUUGUGCUCCAGCAAGCCUGCAUCUGACUAUUGCACUACCUUCUAUUGUAAUUUUUUUGUUAACUGAAUGGAUUCCAUCCACAGUUGACAAUCCAGCCAAAACUGGAGGAAGCCAGAGACCAAACUCCCAAAAUUCCAUCAAA